UCCUGCGCUGUGGCCGGAGUCUCAUCUUUGCAGUCUGCUCCACACAGAGACGUCUCUACUCGCCCUCUCGCUUGGAUCUUACGUCUUGUUUUACCACCUUUGGACUACCAACAGAAGCAACAAAAAAGGGGCAGGAAGCAUGCAGCGAGCCGGCACACUGAGAUGUUAGUGAGAGCUGAGGAUGGGUCAGAGAAGGAAAUCCCGCCGGUGAGGCAAACAAGCCCCUGCAAAAACCAUCACAGCUACACCGACUGACACAGCCAUGCCCAGCCUGCCCUCCUGAUUCUCCUCCUCCUCCUCCCCCUCCCCAUCCCCGCCCCCUCCCCUCCUCUUUCCUCCGUCCUCCUGCGGCCUCUCCCCCUCAGUCAUAACCAGACUCGCAACCCUUCUGACUAGCCGUGGCAGAGUCAGCAGCAUGGCGACACCUUUCCUGUGGAAGCUGUCGUCCCAGAAGCUGGGCUUCUUCCUGGUCAGCUUCGGCUUCAUCUGGGGCAUGAUGCUGUUGCACUUCACCAUCCAGCAGCGGGCCAGCCACGAGAACAGCGCGGUGCUACGGCAGCAGAUCCUGGACCUCAGCAAACGCUACAUCAAGGCGCUGGCUGAGGAGAACCAGAGUGUCAUGGACGGGCCCUACGUGGGAACCAUGACGGCUUACGACCUGAAGAAGACCCUCGCAGUGCUGCUGGAUAACAUCAUGCUGAGGCUGGGCAAGCUGGAGUCCAAAGUGGAAAACAUCUACAAUGGCACGGGGGGAAACCUGACCAACGGCACCAGCACUGCCACACCCAGCAACCCCAACCCAGAGAAAGUUAACGUGGCAGACCUCCUAAAUGGAGCCCAGGAGAAGUGUGAGCUGCCGCCUUUGGAUGGUUUCCCUCACUGCGAGGGCAAAGUCAAGUGGAUGAAGGAGAUGUGGCGCUCAGACUCCUGCUAUUCCAAUUACGGCGUGGAUGGAUCCACCUGCUCCUACUUCAUCUACCUCAGUGAGGUGGAGAACUGGUGUCCUCGGCUGCCCUGGAGGUUAAAGACCAUAAAUGAGGAGAUAGACAGGAGGGGACAGGCGGAGUUUCGCACCAGCUUCGAGGAGCUCUACCGGGUGAUGUCACAGCGGGAGGAGUUCCGCUGGAUGAUGCUGAGGAUCAAACGCAUGGCUGAGCCGUGGGUCAGCGCCAUCCGCUCGCUGGCCGCCAAGCAGAACCUGGCCAAGCGUCGGAGGAAGAAGGUCCUGGUGCACUUGGGCCUGCUGACCAAGGAGUCAGGCUUCAAAAUAGCAGAAAACGCCUUCAGUGGAGGUCCACUGGGCGAGCUGGUCCAGUGGAGCGAUCUCAUAACCACGCUGUACCUGCUGGGCCACGACGUCCGCAUCUCAGCAUCCCUGGCUGAGCUCAAAGAGAUCAUGCGCAAAGUCAUGGGCAACAAGUCCAGCUGCCCCACCCAGGGUGACAAGGUGGUUGAGCUCAUCUACAUCGACAUCGUGGGCCUCACCCAGUUUAAGAAGACACUUGGGCCUUCCUGGGUCCACUACCAGUGCAUGUUGCGGGUGCUGGAUUCGUUUGGCACGGAACCAGAGUUCAACCACGCCCACUACGCCCAGUCCAAGGGUCACAAAACGCCCUGGGGGAAGUGGAACCUCAACCCGCAGCAGUUCAACACCAUGUUCCCUCACACACCAGACAACAGUUUCCUGGGCUUUGUUGUGGAGCAGCACCUCAACGCCAGCGACAUCAAACACAUCGAUGACAUCAAGAGGCAGAACCAGUCGCUCGUCUACGGGAAGGUUGACAACUUCUGGAAGGAUAAGAAGAAAUACCUCGACGUCAUCCACAGCUACAUGGAGGUUCACGGAACCGUGCACGGCACCAGCACCGUGCACCUUCCAAGCUACGUGAAGAACCACGGCAUCCUGAGCGGCCGAGACCUGCAGUUCCUCCUCCGAGAAACCAAGUUGUUCGUGGGUCUGUCCUUCCCUUACGAGGGUCCCGCCCCCCUGGAGGCCAUCGCCAACGGCUGCGCUUUCCUCAACCCCAAAUUCAGCCCGGCAAAGAGCAGCAAGAACACCGAUUUCUUCAAGGGCAAACCCACCCUGAGAGAGCUGACCUCUCAGCACCCGUAUGCUGAGGUUUACAUCGGUCAACCCCACGUGUGGACGGUGGAUAUCGAAAACUCCGUAGAGGUGGAGAAGGCCAUCCGCUCCAUCCUCAGCCAGAAGAUCGAGCCCUACCUGCCCUAUGAGUUCACCUGUGAGGGGAUGCUGCAGAGAGUCAACGCCUUCAUUGAGAACCAGGAUUUCUGCCACGGUCAGGUGAUGUGGCCCCCCCUCGCCGCCCUGCAGGUCAAACUGGCCGAGCCCGGACGCUCCUGUAAGCAGGUGUGUCAGGAGGAGCAGCUCAUCUGCGAGCCCUCCUUCUUCCAACACCUCAAUAAGGACAAGGAUCUGGCCAGGUUUGGUGUUGACUGUCAGACGGUGGAGUCGAGCGCCGACACGGUGGUCCCGGCCUACAGCGAUACCCGCCGCCACUGCAUCUUCCAGUCCGACCUGCUGCUGUUCAGCUGCGCCGGCUCCCACCAGUCGCUGAAACGCAUCUGCCCCUGCCGCGACUACAUGAAGGGCCAGGUGGCGCUCUGCAAAAACUGCCUAUAGCAUCAACGCACGCAGAUAGAAGGAGGGAAGCAGGUGGAGGGGGGGGGGGGAGUCUCGCCAGAAAUUUCGUGGGGGUUCGGGCACGGCUGGUUGGGGUUUAAAUGAAGUCGGAGCAGUGUGUGAGUGUGUUUAAGAGAUGAAAACAAACACUCCAUGCAGUCAAACACACACCGGACUCCUCUGUUGGAAGCUGUUUAGACUGAAAAGUGUUAACAGGACUACGUGUGUUCAUCAUAUUUAUUGUCCCCCCUUCCCCCCCCCCCAGCUGCUGGAGGUGAAGAACUCCCGCAGCCAAACCCGAGCAUCCGUCAACCCUCGUACACCAGCGGCGGCGCUACGAUUCCUGGAAAGCGGUGUAAAAUUACUUGAAUCAACAAAGGGAGUCAGUGGUCUUAGACUUUCAAAGUGGUACUGCAGCACAUAUGGGUGACUGCCUGCCUGUUUGUCUCCAGGUUCACCAGGACAGCAAGGGACCAAGGACUCACAUGACCCCUCAUGCCAGCCGCCCCAACCCACCCCAUCCUGCCCUCUCUACCCCACUCCAAACCCUCCAUCCACCUCCCCUGGUCCAAUCUGAAACUGUUUAAUCUUUAGGUAGGUUUGCACUGGACUGGCAUGCCUGAAGGCCCACAUCCUGACAACACACACAUACACACACACACACAUUUAUACACACACACACACACACACACACAUACACACACACAUCUAACAUACGGCGGCUAAAGACAAAACCAGUUUUACACUGUAACCAACUCGUUCGUCUCUUCUGGACAAAAGAGAUGAGAGCGGACACGUAACGUAGAUAUCUAGAUUUUUAUCUGGAAGUUUUAUCGUUUCUUGACACAAACUCCAGACGUAAAAGCGGGCAUCAUUCCCCCCCCCCCUUAAAAGACAUGGAAGCUAAAUAACGGUCACUUUUCAUUUUGUAUUUUUUUCAAAUUCGUUCACAUUUAAGUUGCACGCUCGUUUGAAAUGACGGAGGUUUUAUGUGAAGUUGCGAAGAGGGGUCGAGAGCAUUUGUGUGCGUGUGUGUGUCUACACUGAAGGCCAGUAGAGAAUCGUUCUUUUGUUUCAGCAAACCAUCCGGUACUACGCACACACCCGAGAGGUGAGGAUCAGGGAGGCCGAGGUUCAUUCUCUGUAGCGUACGGAGUCGCCAUGUCAAAGGAUGUCGUGACGUUGCGUCGUAGAAUAGCGGUGAUAACAUCCAGACAGCCUGAAGGCAACCGGCCAAAGACUCCACAAGCCUGCAGAGAAACAUGAAAACCUCACCCAGAUGUUUGUCCGUGUCUUUAUGUGCACAAAGUAAACCAUUUAAACAACGAAAAAAAAACAAGAAAAAAAUACAUCUCCCAUCUCCUAGGCAACAGCAAUACAUUAACAAACAAACUGUACGCAACAAAACACGCCAACAAAGUGUUCCUGCAAAACGCAAAAAAAAAACCUCGCAUCUCUUCCAGUUUGUUUGGAUAAUUGUUAGGAUUUUAAUUUGCCUGCAGAUUUUGCAAAGGAAAAAAAAUUAGGGUAAAAAUAAAAUUUGUAGUUCUUGUGGUGAAUGGAAAAAAAAUGCACUACGUUAAUCUAUUGGAGAGGUUUAACAAAAUAUUAGUAACACUGUAUAUUGUCCAUAUGGGGUUAAAAAAUGUUCUUUUUUAAUUUAUUUUGUAUACAGAUCUUUAUCUCUGUUUUUGCUGGAAAUCUUUGUUUUUUUAUUUAUAAGAGGGGUGUUUUCUGUUUUGUCUUUUUUUUUUUUCCUUUUAUAGAUUUUUAUUUAUGGAGAGUAAUUUAAAAAUGAAAAAAUUAGAAAAAAAGUGUUUAUCUUCAAAGCUAUGACCGAGAGAAAGAGAGAGAGAUGGGUGGAGGGGGCUUUAUCUGCCUCUGUUCAACUGAAAGCAGUGAUGUGAAGGAGGAAAAAAUACUUUCCCAAGAGACCAAAAAAGCAAAAUACGUUUUGAACAAUAUUCUCUUAUUCUCAUAUACGGAAUUAUAUUUGUGCCUCAAUUGUGAGCACAGAAACAUAUUUCUUACAAGUAAUAAUCAUCAUUAUCACACAAAACAUCAUUACGUUUGAGCGAGUGUGUUCAGGUUUUGUGUUUUUGAAUGAAGGCAAAUGAAUGAAACCCAGUGAAAGAGAUUAUGUAUAUAUACUUUUGUGUGGAUAAUGACACUCAAAUCAAUAAGAUGAAAACUGGAUUAUUCUUUGCGUGAUAAUAGUUUCUCUAUAAAUGAUCAAUUAUUUCUGUGUUUGCAAGAAAUCUUUUUCUAUCCUCACGCUGACAUCAUUUUGGCACAAAUAUAUCUCCGUUCAUUUAACUGGCUCUGACAUAUAAGCUGAUUAUUGUGUUUUUUAAAGAUGUGAUUCGUUAUUUUAUUCCUUAAAAAUGUUUAAAUCAUGCAUGGCUAUUGUUUUUAAACUGAAAUUUUAGUCCUAAAUGAUCUUAUUGCCAGAUUUCAUUAUUUAUCAUGUUUUAUUGUAUAUGUUCUUCCUCUCAUCACUGUCUCUUUAAGAUGAACAGUAGUGGAUGAAUGUACCUCGUGAAAGCCGGCAGGAGCCUCAUACUCAGUGCUUUUAUUUCCAGUCUCCCACCUUUAUUUUCUGUUUGCACACAGCUGUAAAUUAAGUUUGAGCGAUUCAGCUACACCAACUCUGCUUUCUCACUUUGUCAGCUCAGACUAUUUUUAUGUUCUCUUUUUUAAACUUUUUUUUAAAACAGGUCUGUGAUCUGCCGCCAAGUUAGUGUUUCGAAGUACAUGAUGUGCCUUUUCAUGGUUAAGUUGUUUUUUUUUUCAGAGUCUAGCUGUUGGGUCACAGAUCAGGGUUCAGAUCAGGGUCACUUAAAAAACACACCGUAGGAUCCUAAAUGAUCUCCACAGAUCAGGAAAACAAAAUCAGCUGUUCUUGUUUCCUCGAUAUUCUAAAUCAGAUUUAUUGCUCAGUUGAUUUGAAUUUUGAAUUUUUUUUGUAUGUAUCCUUUAACUAUCAGUGAUUUGAGCCCCAGAGCCACAUGAAAAGGAUAAUACCAAUGUCAGUUUGUCAGUGCGGCACAUGUUUGCCAUGCACACCAGAAGCCAAUCAGUGGAAUAACAUGUCCUCUAGUAAUGGGAUUAUCAGCCAUUUCCAGGCUAAUUUGAUUUCUGUAACAUCCAUGUAAACACAAAACCUGCUUUCCUUUCUUCCACUUAAGAGAUUUAUAAAAACGUAUGUAUAAACUGGUGGUUUUGAGUCAUCUGAGUUACGCAACAUGUUUCUUUUCUCUGAUUUCUUGCCUUAAACUGAUUAGUCACAGCAAUCCAUUCCCUUAAUGUUCUGCAUGUGACUUCCUGCAGUGGAGAGAAAACUGCAACUGUGUAGUCGUGACAAAGAUGAGAGCGGGUUCAGACUCUUCAGAAGCUUUCAAAAUGAUAAAGUAAGAAAAAAAUGGCAGUGGUAUUAUCAUUUUCAUUUAAAGGUUAAGGCUGGUGAUGUACUGGAUCUUUGGUACCAUCAAUAAAACCCAUAAAAAGACUCAAACCAACAGUGUUGACACUCUGCCCCAAACUCAUUU